AUGCCGUUGUUCACCAAACGUCCCGGCUCGAGUCAUGGCCCUCUGCCGGCGACCCUCCCGCCGGCAGCGGCUGACCAGAAAAUCACUGCUCUAGCCAUCUUUCUUGGUGCCGUCGCUAGUAUCGGUGGCUUCAUGUUUGGCUAUGUCAGUGGUCAAAUAUCGGGCUUUUUCGAAAUGGAGGACUAUGGCAGACGCUUCGGAGAAUAUAACGACGCCACGGGCGACUAUGACUUCAGCGCUGUUCGCCAAGGCACCAUCGUCGGUCUCCUACCAGCCGGCUGUCUCUUUGGUUCUCUCAUUGCUGGCAAGAUUGCCGAUGUUUUCGGCCGCCGGCUGGCGAUAUCCGGCUCCGCCCUGUUCUGCUGCGUGGGGAACAUCAUCGAGAUCUCGUCUGAAACCGUCUGGGCCCAAUUCGCCGUCGGCCGGCUCGUCACUGGGCUGGGUAUCGGUGCUCUUUCGGUGGCUGUGCCCAUGUACCAGUCCGAGUCGAGCCCUGCCAUCCUCAGAGGCGUGCUCAUCGCUACAUACCAGCUGUUUAUCACGCUUGGCAUUUGGACCGCCGAAAUGAUCAACUACGGAACCCACAACAUGCCCAACUCUGGGUCGUGGCGGAUCCCCAACGGCUUGUCAUUCCUGUGGUCCCUGAUACUCGGAGCUGGCAUCCUCGCCCUGCCCGAGUCACCACGCUAUGCUUACCGCAUGGGCCGCGAAGAGGAAGCUCGCCGAAGCAUUGCGCGUCUAGCAGGCCUCGACCUCCAUGCGCCGUCCGUCAAUCAGCAAAUUGCCGAUAUCCAGAGCAAGCUGGAAGAGGAGAAGGCUGGUGCGGAAACGACUUGGUACGAGAUCUUUACGGGCCCCCGGAUGCUGUACCGUACGAUACUCGGCAUCACUCUGCAGGCGGGACAACAGCUCACAGGGGCGAACUUCUUUUUCUACUACGGCACUACCAUUUUCCGAGCCACGGGCAUCAGCGACAGUUACGUCACGCAGAUUAUCCUGGGCUCUGUCAACGUUGCCUGCACGUUCGGCGGCCUGUACGUGGUAAAGAAGUGCGGGAGGAGAAACGCGCUGAUGGCUGGAGCUGCCUGGAUGAUGGUGUGCUUCCUUGUCUACUCUUUCGUCGGCCGUUUUCAGCUCGAUCAGACCAACCCGGCCAACACGCCCACGGCGGGCAACGUCCUGAUUGCCUUUUCGUGCCUUUUCAUCGUCGCCUUCGCCACCACCUGGGGUCCCCUCGUCUGGGCCGUUGUUGCAGAGCUCUACCCCGCCAGAUACCGCGCCCCCGCCAUGGCCAUCGCGACGGCAAGCAACUGGCUGUGGAACUUUUUGAUGAGUUUCUUCACCCGCUUCAUCACCGACGCCAUCGGCUAUCUCUACGGCCUGGUCUUUGCGGGCUGCUGUGCGGCUCUCGUCGCGAUCGUUUUCUUCUUCCUCAUCGAGAGCAAAGACCGCACCUUGGAGGAGAUCGAUACCAUGUAUAUGCUCAAGGUCAACCCCAUCACCAGCGGCAAGUGGCAACAGCAUGAAAAAUCAGGCAGCGCCACCCCGAGCGAGCCAGAGACACAGAAGGAUGCCGAACAUGCCGAGGCUCCUACGGUGGCCUAA